AUGGCCACCGCAACAGUCACCGAGUUCAUUACUAGGACCGUCAAUGCAACGGCGGCAACCUCAGCAUCCUCCGACAACCGAGCCACGCCGCAGGGCGGUGUAUUCGAACAUGUCAAUCCUUCACAUUGGGAUCCGAGCAAUCCCAUUGUCCUUCCCCCUGUCAUAUCUCCGACAGCGCGUGUCAUCGCCGAAGUCAUCACGGGGAUAUUGUUGGGACCGUCAGUGAUGGGGAGGAUUCCUGGCUUUACGGCGGCGAUAUUUCCACCCUCGUCACUACCCAGCUUCAACCUUGCCGCCAAUUUGGGACUCAUCCUUUUCCUGUUCCUCGUGGGGCUCGAGGUUGACCUGAGAUUCCUUCUCAGCAACUGGAGGGUUGCGUUGAGCGUUGGGGCACUUGGCAUGGCUGUUCCAUUCGGUCUGGGAGCCGGGAUAGCUUGGGGUCUUUACCACCAAUUUCGAAGCGACGAUGGCAUUGUGUCUAUCUCCUUUGGAAUCUAUCUGCUGUUCAUCGGUAUUGCUAUGGCCAUCACAGCCUUCCCCGUCCUCUGCCGUAUCUUGACUUCCCUGGAACUUCUGAGUACCCCUGUUGGUGUCAUCGUCCUUUCAGCCGGCGUGGGCAACGAUGUCGUUGGCUGGAUUCUCCUUGCUCUUUGCGUCACGCUGGUGAACUCUGGCGCAGGACUAACGGCACUCUGGAUCCUUCUGGUCAGCGUUGGCUACUGCCUCUUCUUAGCAUUUCUAGUGCGGCCAGCGUUCAUGUGGGUUCUACGUCGGACAGGCAGUCUGUCUAACGGACCGACACAGAUGGUUGUUGCUCUCACUAUACUCCUUGUGCUCGCGUCAUCAUUCUUCACUGCGAUCAUUGGGAUCCACGCUAUCUUCGGAGCGUUCAUGAUCGGCCUGAUAUGUCCACACGAAGGAGGCUUUGCCGUCAAGCUCACAGAGAAGAUCGAAGAUCUCGUCAGCGUCCUCUUCUUACCUCUCUACUUUGCGCUUUCUGGACUCAGGACCAAUCUUGGACUCCUUGACAACGGCAUCACUUGGAGCUACGUCGUAGGAGUCUGUGCAGUCGCAUUCUUCGGCAAAGUAUUCGGUGGCACCGUUGCCGCUCGACUGAAUGGGCUCGUCUGGAGAGAAUCGCUGACUAUUGGCUGUUUGAUGUCAUGUAAAGGUCUUGUUGAAUUGAUCGUGCUGAACAUUGGGCUACAAGCACGGAUCCUCAGCACCAGGACUUUCACGAUCUUUGUCGUCAUGGCACUCGUCACUACCUUCGCUACAACGCCACUUGUGGCCUGGCUAUAUCCGCCGUGGUACCAAAGGAAACUCGACCUCUGGAAAAGGGGCAAGAUUGACUGGGACGGCAAGCCGAUACCGCAGGAGGAGUCAACAGACUCUAGCGAGGGAGAUUGGGCAGAACACCAUGAAGCCGUUCGCAAAGUCAUCGUGUACCUGCGUGUCGAUGGCUUGCCACGGAUUUUUCAGCUUGUAUCGAUGUUCGCCGCGAAGAGAGAAGAAGUUGAGCCUGCUGGCCCUCUCCUCAAGCCUGAGGGCGGAGGCGUCUUCAAGAACUCAAAGGCUCUGGCGUCCGUGGCUACUAUUCGACGUCCCGUACAAGUUGACGGCCUCCGCCUCAUGGAGUUGACAGAGCGAGAGUCUUCGGUUAUGCGAGUCUCCGAGCUGGAAGAAUAUGCGACGCGUGAUCCGAUCAUCAAGGCCUUUGGCACAUUCGGAACAUCCCAUGAUGUGGCCGUCGGUGGUCAGGUCGCUGUGGUGCCUGGCCGCAACUUUUCGACGACACUCCUGAAGCGAGCCAAGGAGCUGUCGGCCGACUUCAUUGUUAUACCGUGGUCCGAGACAGGCACGAUGAGCGAGCAACCAUCCUUCUUCGACGAUCAGUCCGGUGGGCCUCUGGCCAACCGCGAAUUCGCCAGAUUGGUGUCCGAGACCUGCGAGAAAGCUCGGACCUCCAGCAAUGUCGGCGUCAUUAUUGACAAGUCAGUCAUAUCUGCAGCGACACAACCAGGAAGCCCUAAUGAUGACCGACCGGCAUGGCAUCUCAACAGAACCAACACUGGAGUCAGCGUCCAGGAUCGCAAGAAGUCCGUCAUCACUUUCCAACUGGCAGACAGCGGACGGCAAAGGCUUAUCGUUUUAUACUCUGGCAGCGAAGAUGAUCUCUUCGGCGUCAAGCUCGGUUUACAGUUUGCCAAAAACGACAAUGUCGAUCUCAAGGUGAUCAAGACCCCGACCACCAAAGACCCCGAAGACGACGAUCACGACGGCACAUUCGACUUCAAGACUCUUAAGACGAGUGUACCAGACGCCCUGAAGAGCAGAGUGCAGUUCGUCGAGAGCGAAGCAGCUCCAGUUGAAGCCGCCUUAGCUGCUUUGAGGGAGCCCAGUGCUGCGGACACCCUGUUGAUACUUGGUCGUGGGUCAGCUGAUCUAAGUCUAAGCGUGAUCAGCAGUGCUGGCAGCAUCUCGAGCCCGGCUCUGGGAUCAAUAGCGACCACCGUGGUAAACGAAUUGAGGCAGCGGCAUCUCAAUGCCAGUCUUUUAGUUGUGCAGAGGCGGUUGAAAACCCAAGCUGGCGGCAAUCUGAGCAAGGCCGCCACGCAAGAGGAGAUGAGCUGA